GAUCUUUAUAAGCUCUACUCCCCAACGGCUGGUCCCAGGCCACCAUGUUCCGAAUAUGAUCAGCAGCAUCUGCAACAGCAUCAACUUCAGCUACAAGUGCAACAGCAAAUGCAGCAGCAUCAACAACACCCCCAGCUACCACUUCAGCCUCAAUCUCAAGCUAACCAUCACCAUCCUCAUUCAUCUCUCAUGUCUACAUCUAAUCUGCAUCAAGGUCAGCAACAACAACAACAUCAAGCGCUAGAUCGAGAUCAGGAUCGAUCGACAAGUCAGAAGUCAAUUGGAAUGACCAACGGUCGCACAAGUCCCGUAUUCUCCAUUAAUUGUAGUGCAAGCAACGCGGUUAUCUCUUCUGUUCCUACUUCUGCUGGCACCGGUAUUGGGCUCACAAGCAGUCCAGGAAGUCUGGUUGGAGCCCAUUCUCUUUCAGUAAGUCAAACCAGCGGAUUUCCAGGGCCUGCGGGGCGGCUUUCAGCCACAGCGUCCAGCCCAGGAACUGGUCAUUUCCCUUCAACACCGGGGCUGGCCGGACCAGUCGACAGUCCCUAUCAAGCUGCUCACUUUACACAAACUCAUCAGCAGCACAUGUCCCCUAGACCUGGAAAUGCAAAUCCUCCGAACCCUAACCAAUCUUCACCUCAUGCGCUGCCACACACUGGUUCCCAUCCACAUACUCACUUUCAACAUCAGUCGGCCGGUCAACUACUGGCUAGCCCUCACGCCCAGGCUAGCCCUUUGGGUCCAGGAGGUCCCGGAGGCCACAAUGUAGGCACUCCAAGAUCGGUUUCCUCGACUAGUGGAGCUGCCUCUCCCAUGUCUCUGCCGCAGGUUGGCCACCAACAGCAAGUAGUAAGUUGCUUUUUUGCAGUUGCCUCUUGA